AUGACUACCACCUACCAAGUCUGUGCUAUGGAGAUUCCUACUGUACAUGCUUUCUCUGAUUCCAAACUGAAGUUGUUGAAGACAAAUACUGAGAAUGAUGCUGAGUUGCAGAAGUUGCGAAACCAGGUUGUCAAAGGUUGGCCUGAUGACAGAGCCAAGGUAGAAAAUGUUCUGAAGCCAUACUGGGACUAUAGGGCAGAGAUCACUGUGUAUGAUGGUAUCCUUUUCAAAGGAGAGCGAGUCAUUGUACCCAAGCAGAUGCAUAAGGACAUGGUAGAGUUGAUACAUAGUUCGCAUCAAGGGAUUGUCAAAUCAAAACAGCUGGCUCGAGACGUUCUGUUUUGGGUUGGAAUGAACAAGCAGAUUGAAGAAGCUGUAAGCAAAUGUCCAUUGUGCCAAGCCAGUAGAAGUCAACAGCAGAAAGAGCCUAUGAUGAGCACUCCUGUGCCAACUCUACCAUGGCAGUCUGUUUCAUCAGACUUGUUUGUACUAGAUGAUGAUUUCUAUCUUGUGACUGUAGAUCACUAUUCUGGGUAUUUUGAAGUGGAUGAACUGAAACCUGAUCAUAGUGCACCUGUUGUCAUAUCCAAACUGAAAAGAGUCUUUGCCACCCAUGGCAUCCCCAGGACUUUGUAUUCUGAUCCUGGCUCGGAGUACACUAGUCGUGAUAUGAAAGAUUUCAGUACCCAGUGGGGGUUUGAAAUCAAGGCAUUCAGUGCUAAGAAUCCACAGGCAAAUGGCCUAGCAGAAAAGUCAGUUCAGAUUGCUAAAAACAUGCUGAAGAAGUGUAGGCAAGAUGGCACAGAUUUUCAGUUGGCUUUGUUGGACUAUAGGAACACCCCUAGAGACAAUGUCUUGGGUUCCCCUGUACAAAGGUGUAUGGGACGAAGGACACAGACUAGAUUGCCUACAAAUCCGUCACUGCUGAAGCCUAAAUUGUUGUCCCCAAAGCAAGUGACUGGCAGGUUGCAAGAAUGUAAAGCCAGAAACAAGGUACACUAUGACAAGCAUGUGAAAACAACUUCCAAACUUGACUAG